AUGAAUUCGACUCCGGAGAGCGACAUUAAGCCGAGCAGGUUGCCUGCCGUCAGACAGAGGGGCCUUGCCAAUCCAAGUGCAUUGGGUUUUGGCAGUUUUGCAGCCACAUUAAUGGCUUUGUCCCUGUCUGCCAUGGGCUUCCGCGGAGUGUCAAACCAAUCCGUCUUUGUAGCAAACCUCUGUUUUCUCGCUGGACUUGGGCUCUUGAUCUCGGCGCAGUGGGAAAUGGUCAGGGGAAACACAUUCGAAUAUACAGUUUUGGCAGCUUUUGGGCUAUACUACGGCGGUUACGGAGUGUUGAUAUUACCUUCGAUGGGCAUUUUCGAGUCAUAUCAAGGCCAGACAGCUGAGUAUUACAAUGCGUUUGGGAUUUAUCAGCUUGUUUGGUGUGUACUAAAUCUCUUCUUUUUCAUUGCAUCUUUGCCAACCGGUGGCCCUAAUAUUAUUAUAUAUGGUGGAUUGGAGCUUUCAUAUAUUUUCAACUGCAUAGCGCACUUUGUAAGGGCAGAUGGUAAUGUUGCGACCAGUACCAGCCUUAUGAAAGCAGGGGGCGCAUUCGGAUUUAUUGCAUCUCUGGCUGGGUUUUAUAUGUUGGGUCAUGAGCUUUGUCAAGAUGUAUUACCCUUUCGCGUUCCGGUGUACAACACGAGUCGCCUUGCUGAGAGAAGAAAAUCGAGCGACUAGGGUAAUUGAAAGAUUCGAUAAGCGUAUUCUAUCUAGAAAUACACAAUCAUAAUAAGAGUAGUAAUAGUAAUAAUAGCAGAAGAGCUAGAUCUCACCGGACAUGAAU